AUGAGCACCAACCCCACUUCGUGCAAGGUCGUCCUCGCGGCCAACAUCGCAAAGAAGCUCCAGGCGGAGGUGGCCGAAGGACUGGCCAAAUUGAGUCGCAAGCCUCACCUGGUCGGCUUCCUGGCAAACAAGGAUCCAGCGGCGCGCAUGUACGCCGACUGGACCGGCAAGACCUGUAUCGACAAUGGCUUUGCAUUUACCCUGCGCGAGGUUGAGCGUGAAGAGCUCGAGGAAGCCAUCCGCGAUGCCAAUGCCGACGACAGCGUAGACGGCAUUCUGGUCUACUACCCCGUCUUCAACACCUCGCGCGACCGCACCAUCCAAUAUGUCGUCGACAUGCACAAGGACGUCGAGGGCCUGUCACCCAAGCUCAUCAACAACAUGUACCAGAACAUCCGCUUCCUCGACCCUCCUCACAACACUCAAAAGUCCAUCCUGCCUUGCACUCCUCUCGCCAUGAUCAAGAUCCUCGAGUACCUCAAUAUCUACAACACCAUCUUGGACUACGGAAAGAGACUUUGGGGCAGAAGAAUCACAGUCAUCAACAGAAGCGAGGUUGUCGGAAGACCCCUGGCUGCUCUGUUGGCAAACGACGGUGCCGAGGUCUACUCGGUCGACGUCACUGGUGUGCAGAGAUUCAGCAGAGGCCAGGGUCUGCGCAACCAGCAGCACGUUGUCGAGGAGAAGCCCGGUAUGACAAUGGAGGACUGCCUUGCCAUCAGCGACGUUGUCAUCAGCGGUGUGCCCGGCGACAAGUUCAAAGUCCCCGUCGAGAAGAUCAGAGAUGGUGCCGUCUGCAUCAACUUCUCCAGUGAGAAGAACUUCACACCUCAAGUCAAAGAACACGCCUCAAUCUACGUGCCCGCAGUCGGCAAGGUCACGAUCAUGAUCCUGCUCCGCAACCUCCUGGUAUGCACAGCCAUGGCCACUUACUUCAAAUCCCUCACCCCUGCACAACUCCUUGCCAUGAAGUCCGUCGAGACGGAAGAAAAUACAUCAAACCAUCCCCUUGCUUCGGAAGAAAACACUUCAACCCCUCCCAUCGAUUCAAUGCUUUCAUCAAGCAUACUCGAAGCUCCCAAAGACGUUGAGAUUUUGCUCAAUCAAACUGCUGACGAGUUGCAGCGCAUGGUGCAGAACAACCCUGAUGUUGACGCCAACCCGGCGGAGGCUAUUGAGAAGAAGGGUACUGUCGAGGAGGUUGCUGCAUAG